GAGUGCCGACCAAAGAAUUGUUUCCCCCGUUCCCAUGGUUUGUGGCAACAAAACGCAGCAAACAACUGCCAGCACUGUAACAAGACAAGAACCACCGCAGAAACAAAAACUCGGCAUGGCAGCGGUGGCAUCAUAGUACUGCUUGGGCCCCACUAGAUUCGCKGAUGUUACCAACCACACCGGUGUGAAAACGAAUAGUGGCGGUCGUCGUGUAUUGCAAGAAUUCAAAUGGCGAUAGCGGUGGAAGACUCUCUGUGGAUCCUCCUGGCGGGAGCCGUUCCCUUUUUCCUACCGUCGAUCGACAACGGCGACGGUGUUUGGCACUGGGAGGCCUGGAUGGUGCUCUGUGCCUCCGUUGGUUCCGUGGUUUUAUCGAAUYCGUUCUCUCCCGCGCACAGAACCAGCGGGAACCGAACCAGAACCAGACGCACCAAGCACCUAGGCGGAGGAGAAAGAGGUGCAACAAUGAGCAUUGUUUUGGUACCCGUCCUCCUCCGGGUGUUGGCCCAUUAUUCUUCCGGUGCGGCGGGCAGCGAUCCGCAAGCCCGGGGCUGCUGGACCACGUACGCCAAGAUCACGGCGAUCCUGGUGCUCCCCUUCCCAACCGCKGUGACGGCGGUGUUGUACGUGCCCGCCGUGGUUCURGAUCCGUCCAUCGGGAACCCGAUCGCCGGGCUUUUUUUCGUGGCUUGGUUUCUGGUGCUGCCAAGGAUUGCGACCAGCGGUGUGGCAAAAUCGUUUGCCUUUGGGGAGUGGAGGGUUGUGUGCCUGCUGCUCCUGGUCGCGGUUUCGGAAUACGCGGGGGCGAUGUCUGCUGCCGCAUCAGAACGGUUUCGUAGCCGUUUCACCCACCGGCACGAAACCCACCACGUCGGAACGACGGYUUCCUCCCUCUGGCCGAUGGUGGCGUUGUCGGGAAGCCUGUCUUGCUGUGCGUUUGCGUGCCUCGGCAGCAGCUUGCGGGAGAGAUUGUCGUGGUGGUGGAGGAUUGGGCUCAACGUGCUUGGGCCGCUGUUGGUUGUCGAUGCGACGCUGUAUGUGUGCACGACGCCCGGUGCUGCUGCCUUUGAGUCGACGCCGUAUCAUGAUCACUACGGCAAGUUCUUCCCUCUCCUAUCCAUUCGAUGGCUGGUAGACUUUCUGGUGGAGAAGGAAAACGACACAGAGCGAUUCUGGGGCCUAGUGUAUUGGGUUUGCGUGUUGGUCGCUUCAAGCGUUCCGACCCUCGCAAUUCUUUCGAUGGCAUCCCCGAACAAAACCGGCAAAACCGAUGCGCAAAAGAUACAGCGACAAACGACUGCACCCAAGCGGAAACCGAAACCCUCGGUGGUGGUGACCAGGAAAUGGUUCCACCUUGUUGCGGUGAUAUUGUUCGGACCCAUCACGCUGCGCCUUCCCCAGCUCAUGUCCCUGUCCUACGCCAUCGCCGCCUCGAUCCUGCUGGUCCUGGAAACCAUGCGCGGCGACGAAGCGCCAGUGCUACAGGCCUUUUACACCGCCUUUCUCGACGACCGGAAAGACUCCGGAGAUCAGGUCAUCGUGUCGCACCUGUUUCUGAUCGUGGGGUGCGCCAUCCCUCUCUGGAUCGGCCAGGUCCUCGAUGCGCUGAUUGCCGGUGCGCCGAGCGCGGAUGCGAUUGCGAUUGCAAAUGCGGACGGGGAAGCAGAGAAUGCUUUGUUGCUGGAACAACACUUUUCUGUCUUGCUGCUCCUCGCAGAGUUUGGGGUCCUCUGCAUCGGGGUAGGAGAUGCCAUGGGGGCCGUGGUCGGCAAGAGCUUCGGAACCCACAAAUGGGGUAGGAACCAGCGAACCCUGGAGGGAUCCUUGGCCAUGUGGAGCAGCAUGGUAGCAAUCGGCUCCGCCGUUCUUUGUUGCACCUCGGGGCACGGCUUCGGGGCCCUGGUGGUGGCGUCGACUCUCACCACGGUCCUCGAGGCUUUCACGAUGCAGCUGGACAACCUAGUGUUGCCGCUGUUCGGCUCUUGCGUGAUUUUAUUGCUCUCUGCACCGCCGUUGCCAUACUACGGUUAUGUUUGACCGGCAUGGCUACUGCUCAACUACCUAUUCAUAGAGAAAAAGGGUCUAUCAUGUUUAUAACUAGGWACCUUCCAGGAAGCUUUAUGAAAGAAAUUCAGUUCUCGUCGAAUCGAAUCAAAAAUAUGCUGUUUG